AUGAGCCUAUACCGCACGCCCAAAACCUCUGGCGCUACCAAAACACCCACCACUCCCAGUCCAGCCACCUCAACCGCAGCAGCGCAGGACGCUGCCAGGACUUUUAUCAAGAGGCCAGAGACAAAACGGAGAUCGCUCGACAACAGAGAGACCUACAACAAGCGUCAAAACGACUACGCCGCAAUGUCGAGCGAUCUGCUCCUCCAGGGGCUGUUGAAGACCUUCGAGGAUAUACCCUCGAAGGUCCAGGAGUACCCUCAGAUGAGGAGGGAUAUAAAGCAGUUCCUGGAGGCGCACUCCGACAAAGGAAUGAGAGUAGUCUUCGAGCUCAGCGCUCGCAUGCAGAGGCUCGAGGCCAAAGGUCCAAAGACCGAAACAUUGACGUCCAAAGGGCAGGAUGAAGUCAUCAAGAAACUGGGGGAGAUGGAGGCGACGCUGACUGAGCGUAUCAGUGAGAUGGAGAAGACCAUCCAGACGGACUUACAAGGGCUCGACGUCAGUGCAAACGACCGAGGCUCCGACUUAAAGGAAACCAUCGGCGAGAAGCUAGCGGACGUGGAACAGAUGACCACGGAGGUCGAAAGUCGACUACACGACCGCCUCGAGAAACUAGCCGAGGAAGUCGUUGCAGCCAGGCACGAAACCGUCGGGCCUGCAACAUACGCCAGCAUCGCAGCAGCAAGACCCGCUCGCCGCCCCGCGCUUCACUCGGUGGCGGUCACCUUCGAGAGCGGCCUGGAGACAGCAGACCAAAUACUCGCCAGAGUAAAGAAGGCAGUCGAUGCUAGAGGUACCGGCCUCAAAAUUAACAAGGUCCGGAAAGCGAAAAAUCAGACCGUCAUCAUAGGCUGCGACACAGAAGAAGAGCGUAAUAAAGUCCAAAACAUUAUAGAAAAACGCGGCAACGGACUAAAGGCAGCUCCAAUGCGCAACAAGGACCCUCUGGUCAUUCUGAGGGACGUGCACAACGACAGCGAUGAUGAGGACCUGAAGAACGCCAUUUUUACCCAGAACAGAGAAAUAUUUUAUGAUAUACCGGAAGAAGACAUAGAAGAACUAAAUAUUAAGUAUAAGAAACGGACUAGAAACCCGAACACGGUCCACAUCAUCCUCCAGGUGAGGCCUGCCGUAUGGCGGAGGAUGACGGAGGCUGGAGCCCUCUACCUCGACCUUCAAAGGGUCAGAGUGGAGGACCAGUCUCCGCUCAUCCAGUGCACAAGGUGCCUAGCAUUCGGACAUGGCCGUAAAUUUUGCACCGGGGGCGCGGACAUGUGCAGUCACUGCGGAGGCCCGCAUCUGCGCGAGAAGUGCGCAGACUAUGUCGCAGGGAAAGAACCGCGGUGCUGUAACUGUUCGCGCUCCGGGUUGCAAGGGACGGACCACAAUGCGUUCAGCAUCGACUGCCCGGAGCGGAAGAAGUGGGACUACCUGGCUCGCGCUAACACAGCUUAUGCCUAA